AUGGACCGUGCGGCCCAUCUGUCCGUCGUCGUCGAUCUUUCUCCUCCGCAAUGGCUUCUCUCGGCCCAGCCAGGUCCCUCCAAUCCCCACCCGCUCAGCCUCAGGUCGUUCCUGUCCCAGCUUCUCGCGUUCCUCAACUCGCACAUCGCGUCCAAGCCGGAGAACACAUUAUGCGUCCUCGGCGCUUUUCCGGGAAAAAGUGGCAUCCUGUAUUCGUCUACCGAUCACGUUUCCACCAGCUCGGAGAAGGGGGACCCGGAUGCGUAUCUGCCGUUCAAGGUUGUAGACGCGGCCAUCAUCGACCACAUCACCAAUGAAUUGGAUGUACUCGGAGAAUGGGAGGCCCAAGAGUCCACAGCGCUCGUGGGCGCUCUAACAAAGGCAUUAUGCUACAUAAAUCGUAUAAUGAAUGUAUCUGCGGAUAAUGAGCCGCGGAGUCCCUCCGAACCGCGCAUACUCAUCCUCUCGGUGUCUCCGGACCAAUCAACGUCCUACAUACCCAUCAUGAACUCGAUCUUCUCCGCUCAGAAACUUAAAGUGACGAUGGACGUUUGCCAACUGUACGGACCCGAGUCUGUCUUUCUGCAGCAAGCCUCCCAUCUCACCGGCGGAUCGUACAUUCACCUCGAGCAUCGAGAUGCGCUGUUGCAGUAUCUCAUCAUGUCUUUCCUCCCACCACCAUCCAUCCGGCGCACUCUGUCCGUCCCUACGCAGGACAAGAUUGAUUUUCGAGCAGCAUGCUUCUGUCAUAAAAACAUCGUCGAUGUUGGCUUCGUCUGCUCCGUCUGUUUAUCCAUCUUUUGCCAACCUGUUCCUGUGUGUUCUACGUGUCGGACCAAGUUCCCCAUCAAGAGCUUACAACGACUCAAGUCGUCCAUGCCUCCGCUCGCUGGCGGACCCAGGGCCCAUGCGGCUGGUAGGACACCGGGCGGGACAUCGUCACCCACCCCCGCGGCCUCCCCUUCGGCAAACGGAACCCCGACCUCCAAGCGCUCCAUGGCGGACAGCUUACGAUAAUUCCAUCGACCUGGACCGUUGCCAAUCCUUCUCAUUUAUGGCUUGCCUGCGAUAUCAAUGCAAGAACCCUCGGUUACUCGACCCAUAUUGUCACUUAUGUUGGAGACUUGCAAGAAUGCCACCAAACGCGUGCCAGUUCAAGCGUCCUCGUAGUGCUGCACAAC